AUGGACGCAAAGACGGCAGCUUCACACGCGGCAACCGUCCAGAGCAUCGCCGCCGCCGUCAAGACCUUCCACGCUCGCCGCCAACCCUUCCGCAUCCACCACGGUUCCACAAACUCAACACGCCCCGCCCACGGCCAGCCCGUCGUCGACAUAUCCGCCCUCAACCAUGUGCUUCAUGUGGACAAGGCCGCAAAGACCGUCUCGGUCGAGCCCAAUGUCGCCAUGGACGGCCUGCUAGAUGCCAUCCUACCCCACAACCUCGUGCCCCCCGUCGUCAUGGAGUUCCCCGGCAUCACCGCCGGCGGCGCCUUUGCCGGUUCGGCAGGCGAGUCGUCGUCGUUCCGCCACGGCGCCUUUGACGCCGCCGUCACCUGCGUCGAGAUGGUCCUCGCCAACGGGGACAUCGUCGAGGCCUCGCCCACCCAGAACGCCGACCUCUUCGCCGCCGCCCCCGGCGCCCUCGGCACCCUCGGCAUCGUGACGCGCCUCGACCUGCGCCUCCUCGACGCCGAGUCCUACGUCCGCGUCGAGUACACCCUGCACACGACCGUCGAGGCCACCUGCGCCGCCGUCGAGGCAGCGACGCACGUCGCCGCCAAUGACUUUGUUGAGGGCAUCCUCUUCAGCGCCACCCAGGGCCUCGUCAUCACCGGCACCAUGUCGCGCUCCAUCCCCAUCGACGUCACGCUGCGCACCUUCUCCCACGCCCGCGAUCCCUGGUUCUACCUGCACGCCCGCGACCGCGCCGCCGCUCUCGGCGCCCUGCGCAAGGGCCAGGCCCCGCCGCCCGCCGACUACCUGCCACUGCGCGACUACCUCUUCCGCUACGACCGCGGCGGCUUCUGGACCGGCGCCCUGGCCUUUGCCUACUUCCGGCCCCUCGUGCCCUUCACGCCGCUGACGCGCCGCCUGCUGAACCCGCUGAUGCGCACGCGCAACCUCUACCGCGCCGGCCUCGGCGGCGGCAGCCGCAUGACCUUCCGCUACCUCGUCCACGACCUCGCCGUGCCCUACGCCGCGGCCCCCCAGCUCGUCGACCACCUCGUCGCCACGAACCCCGUCUGGCCCCUGUGGCUGUGUCCGCUGCCCGCCAUCGCGACGCCCACCUUCCACCCGGCCACCGACCCGCCGGGCGCGCCGUCGCUCAACGUCGGCGUGUGGGGCCGCGGGCCCAAGGACCUCGAGGCCUUUGUGCGGACGAACCGCGACCUCGAGGCCGAGGUCCGCGCCCUCGGCGGCCGCAAGGUGCUGUACUCGCACGCCUACUAUGACGAGGAAGACUUCUGGGCCAUCUACGGCCGCGCGUGGUACGACGAGCUGCGCCUCAAGUACCACGCCACGACGCUGCCCACCGUCUACGACAAGGUGCGUGUCGACAUUGAAAAGGAGCGCGCGAAGAAGGGAUUCGUGGACAGGUUGGCUGUGAAAUGGCCUUUCGCCGGCUUGAUUGGCGUCGCCUCGGCGUUGCGCUCAUGA